GCUAAUCGCGGGAAGAGAGUAAACACAUUAUAAAUAUUUAUAUAAAUAUUAUUGGUAACGUCAGCGCCGAGUACUUGUAUGCAAUGCAAACUACCAUGUCGUAUCUAAUAAUAUGAGCCUUGGCUGCCACAUUCUGUCAUUUAUUUUGAGAAAAACGAGAAGGAGGGCCUAGCCAAGUGACCAAAUGCGUGUUGCAGCCAAAGGAAAACUGCUGUAAUGCUUUCAAACAUUGAUCCAGGAGCCCAAAGGCCUCAGGGGGACUCAAAUCCCCCUACAUUUCAUUCCCUUGCCACAGUGGACUUACUGCUGACACAUGUGGAUUGCAGUCCUGUGGAGACAUUGGUGCAAUUCCAGGGUCAAUAUCUGACCAUAUGUGAACUGGACUAUGACAUACUGCAGAAAGACAUACAAAGUACAGAGAAAACAAAAGCCUGGUUGGAUAUUGGGGAGUUAUGUUUGGUGAAAGAUGUCGCCUCAUCCCAUUGGUACAGAGGCCAAGUUCGGUGCAAACGAAAUGACCUGUUUGAAGUGUUUCUCUUAGACUAUGGCAGUGUUCUGGCUGUCAGUUCUGAGUGUCUGGUUUCUGCUUCUGAAGAAUUGUUUGCGCUUCCGCCUAAGAUUGUUUGUGGAUUUUUUGCCAAUAUACUGCCACUUGGCGAACACUGGAAUGUUCUUGCAUCUAAAUAUUUCUGCUCUCUGAUAGGAACUGAAAUCAAGGGACACAUCCAGGCUCUUCUCUCACACAAAGUGGUGAUUUUGGAAGUGGUUGACGUCAACAUGGACCUCUUUAGACUAAACUUGGGAAGGCACGUGGAUGUUGAAACGUUCUUUUUCCUUGUAGGGAUGUUAACAGAAGUGCCAGUUCGUCAAAGAUGUGGAUGUGCUGAAAUCCUCUUGACUGAGAAGCCAAAUAGUCAGAAGUUCUUGCGCACGUCUUCAGGCGUACAAGAGAUUGAGAAUCUAAUGUUGUUUUUUGGGCCACAGCUGACUGUGGGUAAAAAAGAAAAGAUCAGAAUAACUGCGGCAGUAAAUUCGAAAACGUUUUAUUGCCAGUUGGAAAGCAUGGUAAAUGACCUGAAGGAGAUGUCAGAAAAGUUGUCCUCCUUCUGUGACUCCAAGAGCAAAGGUCUUUGUGAUAAAGGACUUGGAAAUCUGGGGUUACUUUGCGCAGUCAAGGGGAAAGAUGAUAAAUGGCACAGGGGGAUUGUGCAGUUUCUCCCUGUAAAUUCUCAAGUACGAGUCUUGUUUGUUGACUAUGGAUUCUGUGAGUCUGUAAGAGUUGAACAUAUCUGUCAGCUUCCCCCCAGUUUCCUUUCGAUACCAAUCAUGGCUUUCCAUUGUACUUUAUCUUGUUUAAGUGAAACAGAUGAGAAUGUUCUGAAGGAGCAACUGGAACAUAUAAAAAUGGGGCUUCUUGGUGGAAUUCUUGAUAUUCAAGUUGACAGUUUUGAUACUGAUGAAAAUUUGUAUUCUGUUACACUCAACAGUGUUAAAGCUGAUGCUGAAAAUGGGGAAUUGCAGGAAAAUGGCAGCCAUCCGUCUAGACUAGUGAGAGAUUCGGAUUUCUGUAAAAUGGGAAAAAUAUCCUCUGUUGUGAAGCACACAAAUGAAAAAGUGAUGGAAUACUCGGAGGACGUAGACUGGUUGAAGGACAUAAAGGAUAACUCCAUCUUCAGAGGUUUUGUGGAAUAUGUACUAAAUCCAUCUGAUUUUUGGUUGAGGACAGAAGAACGGAAUUGCAGGUUUGAAGCUAUGUUGCACAACAUGGCAGAAUAUUUCAAUGACUUAAAGUUACAUGAAGGAAUUCUUGAGAAUCCACUUCCUGGUACACUUUGUUGUGCAAUGUAUGAGAAGGAUAUGCAGUACUACAGGGCUGUAGUCAGAGAGAUUAUUGAAAACGGAGCUGAAGUGUUUUUCAUAGACUUUGGAAACACGGAGAGAGUGCCAUAUAUGUUUAUUAAAAAGCUUCCUCCUGAAUUUGCUGGUGAGCCUAAGUUUGCCAUAAAUUGUUCACUCGCUCAUGUAGUGUCAGUGGAAGAUGUGUGGACAACCCAGGCAACGAACUACUUCAAGCAAGCUGUAUGCAACAGAGCACUCCUUGUGCAUGUAGUACAAAAGAAAAAUGACAGGUUAGAUGUUGAGUUGUAUGAAAAGGAAGCUAGUGAAAGUAUUAACAUGCUAAUAGCACGAGCAAAAAUGGCAGUAUUCUGGAAAUCCAAGGCUAAAAAGCUGCAGAGUGGAAAAUUUGCCAAGUGCCAAGGACCAAACAAAACCAGUCCUGCUAAAGAAAUAGGCAAUAAAGACCGAAAUAGCUCAAGCAAAAGUUUAGAUCUAAGAUAUCAAAAUAAAGAGACAAGAGUAGAAAAAAAUACAUUAGCUACAAAGGAGUUGAUGCAAAAUAUAAUGGUAAGACAAAUACCAAAACAAGACACCUCUGUCAAGAAGAUUUCUUUCAAAGAACAAAUAUUGAAGGUUGGAACUGAACUGUCUGUCCGGUGCUGCCACUUUAAUUCCUCUUCAGAUUUUUGGUGUCAGCCCCAGAGCAAGCUGAAGAACUUGGACAGACUAAUGGCGAAAAUCCAAAGUUAUUACCAAGAAAAUGCUGAUGCCUUUCAGCUUAAUGAAGAAUGUUGUGUUGCAAAGCAUCAAGAAGAUGGAAAAUGGUACCGUGGCCUUAUCCUCAGAACUCAGUACAAUGAAUUUGAUGUCCUGCUUGUAGAUUUUGGCAUGACCAUAAGACAGAAAACACACAACCUACGGGCAAUAAAGCAGGAAUUCCUGGAACUCGAAAUGCAAGCAUUCAGGUGCAGUGUUUAUCCUUUACUUGAACCUGCAGGUGAACAUGAUGUUUGGAGCACAGACGCAGACAAGGAACUGAAGACCUUCGUUCAGUCAACUUCAUUAAAUUUAAAGUGUACUGUACAUUCAACGAUGGUUGUAAAUGGUCUUUUGUUCAGUGUUGUGGACAUCCACACACCUCUGCAAAGUGCAACAAAAUUGCUCAUGGAGAAAGGGUUAGCAAAGCCGGUGCAUCAUCCAAAACUCUUUCCGUCAGUUGAUCUCUCUUCAUAUAUGUUUUCUAUGUUCGACAUGAAAAUUGGUGACAGUGAGACUGUGUAUGUCACUCAUGUUUGCAGUCCAUGGCAGUUAUAUUUCCAGCUGGAUAGAAAUGGAAAGAUGCUUGAAGAUCUGAUGGAAGUAGUCACGAAACAAAGCAAUGAAAUCCCAAGUGAGACUUCUGGUUUAGACCUAGCAAAACUUUGUUUGGCAAAGUACAUCAUGGAUGACAAGUGGUACAGGGGUCUGGCCUUCCCUGUCCAGUCAAACCAGCACUUAAAUGUGUUGUUUGUUGACUAUGGGAACAUGCAUAUAGUUGAGAAAAAAAAUGUCCGGCCCAUUCCCAGACAUGCUACAGACUUGGUCUUUAUACCCAUGCAGGCUAUGAGGUGCAGCCUCGCACAUGUUCCCAAGGGGGAAGCCCUUGCAAAGGUAAAUACCUGGCUUGAAAACGCUGCCUUAAAUAAAUUACUUAAGGCCACAUUUGUUGAAAGAGAAGAUGAUGGCACUCUCAUCUGUGAAUUGUUUGACGGGAAUCUGCACCUUAAUGAAAAAGUCAGAGAACUCAUGGUAACGGAUAAGCAAAAAGAAGAGACUCUGAUUAAGAAGGAUAUUAUCCAUUCUGAGAAACCAAGUGUUGGUAUUGAGCAGCCUAAAGCUAGAAGUAACAUCAAAAAGAGUUUAAAAGUCAAUUUGGAUAAAACUGCAGCCCGUUGUAAUUCCAAGCAUUUGUUACAUAGAGUGAAAUCUCAGCAGAAUCCACCAAUAACUAAAGCCUCAACAUGGCACAUGUCUAACCACAAGGUAAAGAGAGAUUCAAGUGCACCACUGAAUAAAACAGACAGUUCAGCAAUUGAAACUCGCCAGUAUAAAGCAGUAAGUAGACCUUUGAGGCAGAAAAGCUGCACUUUUAAAUUGCCAAAACUCGCACAGCUCCCAGAGACUAAAAUAAAGCCAGGCUUCAGAGAAGUAGGGUAUAUUUCCCAUGUGAGCACGGUCACAGACUUCCAUAUUCAAAUGGAAAAUGAAGAGAGGACGAUUUUAAGAUUGGCCGAGGACCUUAACAGUUCACUGUUCAGAGAUCAAACAGAGCGUAUAACUGGAAACGUGAAUAUUGGUGAUCUUAUUGCCGCGGAAUACAAAAAGGAUGGCGCUCUCUACAGGGCUGUUGUAAAAGAUGUCACUGAAAAUCAAAUGAAGGUGGAGUUUAUUGAUUACGGAAACACAGCUGUGGUUCAAAACAAUAAUGUGUUCAGACUGUCAAACACUUUCCUACUACACCCCCGACUAAGCAUACCUUGCUCCACUAAAGAGCCUCUUUCUUUUGGGAAAGAAAUCUUAACUGUAAGUGGAAAACCAUUCAUGGUUGAAUUUGUGAAGCAAUGUGAACUAUGGUGGAUGGUGAACUUGGAGAGUGCCAAAGAGGGUAUUUUACCAGCUCAAAAGUUGUCACUGCAGAAAUGUAAGGAUGAGGAGGAAGUUUUUUGUGAUUUAUCUGCAGAAGACAAACAACCUGUAGGUGAAUGUGCAGCUGCAGAGGACAAGCAAAUAUGGUAUCCAAGCAGAGAUGGACAAGGAGUUAAGAUCCCAACAGUGAUGUGUGAUAAUGUUAUAAGAAAAAAUCCAACUCUGACUGAAUCAAAGAAGAACACAAUUGUAAACUGUGCAGUAGUGUGGUCAAAAAGAAGACAGCUGUUAAUGUCAAGCAAGCAUGGAGCACCUAUAGAAAGGCAAGUAAAAAAAUGCUGCAAGAAAAAACAGUCAGCCAAAUGCAUAUCACAAGGAGUCUCCAAAACUUCUGACAUUAAGAAAGCAACCAUUCCACCAGAUCCAAAAAUUAUACCUGGGCAGGUUGAAGAUGGGACACUUCUAUCUGUUUUGGAAAAUGGAGAUUUUUAUAUCAGACUUCACCAAAAUUCAAGGGACUUCACUUUGCUUUGCCACCUUUUACAAAAAGAGGCGUUCAAAUGUGACUUAGUUCCUGCAAUAGAAACCAGAGAGGGACUUGAAUGCUUGGCAAAGUUAACCAAAACUAACCAGUGGUACAGGGCUGUGGUACAAAACACAUAUCAAGGAAAAUGCUCAGUCUUCUUGUUGGAUCACGGUAUCUCAGAAGUGGUCUCUGUUCAAGAGAUUAGAGAACUCUGUGAAGGGCUUAGACAAAUCCCAGUGCAAGCUAUUUUGUGUAGGUGGAACGUGCCAGCUAAGGCCACUGCAGAGGCAGAUGAAGACGUAAAGCACCAGCUGAAGGAUAUGAUAGAACGAGAUAUCAAAAUCAAGUUGGUGUCAUAUUCUGCAGUCUCCAAACUCUGGACAGUAGAAGUUAUGAUCAAUGAAAUGUAUCUCAGGAAGCAACAUAGCAAAGUCAAGGAAAGCUUGGAGAUUCUUCCCAAGGAAUUGUCAAUGAAGGAAGAAAACACGAAAGAGAGACAUCAAGCCCCAAGGCUCUCUCUGGCUCCCGUGAAAACAGAUGUGGGCUAUUUGGGCCUAGCCGUAGCAGUUGCUACUCCAUGUGGCUUCUAUAUUAUUUUGAAUGACUUGCUUCUCGCCAUGAGCAUGGUGUCUGCUGCUGUAGAUGAUCUUCCAGAUGAUUUGGUGUCCUUGCCCGAGUCAUUUUUGAUUCCAGGAGCAUGUUGCCUGGUGAGAUCUGAAACACAGAAAAAGUGGUGCAGAUCCGAGAUUGUGCACAUGGACAGCAAGUCUGUGGUAGUUAACCUUGUUGACUACGGUCAUUGUGCGGUUGUGCCUUACGUGCAUCGUCAUGACAUCAAAUGGCUUCCUGAGAAAUUAACAGCCAUACCGAAAGUUACCCAUCCUUGUGUACUCAGAGCAGUCAGGCCUUCUGGAGAGGAUCAUUGGUCAGAUGAGGCUGUUGUAUGUUUCCAGGAGCUCAUGAGUAAGGGCAGCCUUAUGAUCUAUUUCAGGCAGUUAGUUUCUGAGAUGCAAUGGGAAGUCGAUAUUUUGUCACAGGGUGUUAACGUUGCUAAGGCAUUAGUCAAUGCGGGAUACGCCACUUACAUCGAUGGUUUGCUGUCACUCCGGGUGCUAGAGGAACCAGUCGCUACAAGGGCAUCUCUAGAAAAAUGUACCACUAUGGGUGUUGAUAAAACUCCUGAAUUAAAUCCAGAAGACACUUUUUUUCAUAACACACUAGACUCUCAUCAACAGUUACAAGACUUAGGGACUGUGAGCCAGCAUGUGGACCUUACAGCAGAGACUGAGAAUCAGAAGUUUGUAGAAGAAUGGCAGGACCAAGUGGGAACUGAUGAGGACUGUAGCCAUCAGAGAACGGAGGCGUUUGCAAGCAUUGGUGCUUCGCAAGAAGUCAGGAAAUGUGUUCAGAUGUGAGCAUUCUCGGUUUUGUCAAGUUGUUUGCCUAGAAGAAACAAGAAUGGACACUCCAUGACCAAAGAAUUUGUUUCUCUCGUCGUUCUAAAUACUUCUAAGUACAUUAAAUGAGGUGACUUGGUAGCUAAACUUGAUGUUGACAUUUCAUUUUUUAUUUAAAAAGUAUUCGUGUUUAGUAGUUUUCACUAAUUUUGCAAAGGUGAAGCAUUAAUUUGUUUUUUAUACACAGUUAUUUAUAGUGACAAACAUUUUAAAUGGUUAAGUAGAGUAAGUAUGCGUAUCAAAAUUUAGAUUAGAUUUAUACAGCAACUCGAUGUUGCAAAUGAAUGCUUUCUUUUGUAAGUCUGUACCAUUUCCAAGACCUAAAAAUAUAUUACUGUGUGUACAAGCAGUUCAAAGUGGAAAGCAGUGAAAAGGAGUUUCAAUCUUCAAAAUCCAUAUAAUUCAGGAUUUGUUCGUUUAUUUUUUGUAUUCACAUUAUACUAUAGAAUGUAUAGUAGUGUUUUAUAAAAAAAAUUCUCUCAGAACAUCUUCAUGUACUCUACAAGACUUGUAACAGAAAUGAUGAAAAAAAACCUGCCUUUUAAAUAUGGAUCACUGCAAGAGACUGCAGAAAUAUUUUGGUCUCUCUUGGUUAAUAUUCUGUAUUCCAGUACCUUUGUUUAAACAUUCAUAUUUUUCACUAUAAUAAAUUUUUUUGAAAAAAGAUCGUCUUUUGAUCUUUAAGAGCAUUAUUAACCCUUGAUAUUUUUUAUUUUUUUUUAUUGUCUUUAAGUCCUUAUCUCUACUAGAGCAAAUGUUAGUACUGUGCAGUGUGCAACGAAAUGCUUUUCCACUCCCUUCCUGGAUGGUACUUGACAAAAUAUGAAAUGCAAAAAAAAAGCAAAACAGCAUAAAAAGAUAAGUAAAAAUAGAGGGGAAGAAACAUGAAAUGACUGCAAAAUAGACAGUACAAUACCAGUAUAUCAGCAAUUGAAUAGCUGAAAAAUUAUUGUAAAACCAGAAUGGGAUCUUUUCCCUGGUGUUUUUAUUUUACUCAUUGACGAUAGCUAUGCUGGGUUCACUAAAAGCAGAGUUCAUUCUCAGUUCCGUACAACUGAAAUCGGGUUAUGGGGGAAGUAAUUUGAAGUUAUGUUAAGGAACGCUU